AUGCUUAUAAAGCCGCUGCUAGUGAACGGAGGAAAGAAAUGCAACGUGCGAAAGGAUUCCGUCACAAUGCAAAUAUUUCAUCAGCAGUACAUUGAGCAUUUGAAGAAACUCGUUCGUCCUCUGACUCACUCCGAUUUCUGUGCCAACGUUACGAAUGAGAGGAGAAUCCGUAAUUCUUACGGGGAGAGAGUUUUCUGCAAAGAAGUUCAGAGAAUAGUCCCGAAAGGAAAAAGUUGUUCCAUUUCUUUGGAACCUGAGAAGAAAGAUCAACCACUUCGUCAAUCUUCUUCCUACUAA